GACCGGUUCGGACGCAGUGGAGAUCAAGUUUGAAUCCGAAUUGCUAUGAUUUGUGAUCCAGCUCAGAUCAUCUGCUCCCUCCUCCCGUGAAUGCUAAUGCAGUGCUGCGACUUCCGCCCAUACUCCUGUUCCCGCGGUGCGCAGAAGUCAGCCGGCAGGCACCCACUACCCUUGUUGCCUGGUCAGCUUCUUUCGAAGAAAAAUAAAUUGAAAAUCUAUGGGUAGAUAUUCAAAUAAGACUUUUUGCCUUUUCGGAGUUUCUGCAGAGGUACUCGGAUGAUGUUGUUGCUCCUUUGUCCUACACAUCAAAAUAUUCCCAGCGCCUACGGCGAUCUCUGCAGCUGUUGGUUUCAAUACUGCAGGAGCUUGUCAUACUAGACAGCUACUCAUCCCAACAAUUCUGUCCCGAGUUCCAGCCCUCCGGAAUUUGUGUAAAGCACCUUCAAAUUAAUACAGGCUCCUAUUAACCCUCGCCCGGGUUUUGCGCCUGUCGCCUCACUUCCCGACCCAAGCCCCCAGGCAAUUAUAGUCUAUCUAGGAUUCGCAAACACGCCCAGGUGCCCUGUGAGCAUCGUGAUGACCUCCGGCGAUGAGGUCUACGAGAAACCGCGAAGUGCUCGGCCCAACAAACGGAGAAAGGCAGAAUAAUUCGUGCCUACUCGAGGGUGGAAUCAUCUCGCAAAGAGAAACACGAAGAGCGUUCGCGGGUGUGGAGUCCAAGCUGGUGUCGUUCGUUUGGAUGUGCUGAGCACUCCUGUUCUUGACGCGGGGACCUCGAACCCCUAGGCACCGUGGUUUCGAAAUUCUUCGGAGGAAUUCUGCCCUCGAUGACGCAUCCUCGCUGUAUGGAUGUCUUGGAGCUACCGGUGCCUAGCCCGCAUCCCGUGUGUCGCUCUUGGUGCAGUGUUAUCCUCCGUUGUCAAGUGCUUUGCAGAGCAAUGCAGGGACUUGAGGAAAACCGUGGAUUGCGACUUGGAGGAACCACUGAGAGCCGGAGCCGCACCGCCCCCUGGAGCUUAUCAUCACGUGUAUGUUUGCGCUGUUUGCAUCCAACGUCGAUCGUGAUACUCCUGUCAGCGUCAUUUCUCCCUUUCAAGUUUUGGAUGUAAACUCCUUCUUUCUCAAGUCUACCAUGCAUACGUUUGAAAGUAUAUGUCACCAACAUCAAUUCUUAUGAUUUCUCAAUGCAGAUCCGUUUCUGCGCUCCGGAUUUGAGAGUCAAAGUGAGAUGGCAGGGGCUGCUAGGCAGGCGGACCGUCGGGUCAAUUUGAUAGUCUCGCGCGUCAUCCCGCUGAUACUUUUCGGUGUGAUCAUCUAUGCUUGCUAUGCGCUCACAAAGACGCUCUGCAUUGAUUAUUUGAUUCACCCUACCUUGGAGUAUACCCGUCCUAGUCGCACCGGUGCAGGCGCCGCCAUAAUCGUUGUAUUCUACAUCUUGUUACUAUUUGUGGUCAUUACCUACCUACGAUUGUUGUACACCGUGAUAUGGAACCCCGACCUCCUGCCUCGACCGUCUCCGCCGACUUCCGAACGACAGGAUACCCAUGCACCUACCCGGAAUUCGCGCGAACGACCCCGGAGAAACAGGAGACGACGUCGAAAGCCAAUAACGGACAAGUCGGACGUUGAUGUUGAGCAGGCACUCGAUAACAACGCGGGCCCUAUGGUCCUCCCAUGGGACACGGCUGGAUUAGAGAAGUUCUAUAAAAGAGACGUUUUUGUUUGCCAACCGGACGGCAGGCCCAUUUAUUGCUCCAAAUGCUGCCACUAUAAACCCGACAGAACUCACCAUUGCCGAGAAGUAGAUCGAUGUGUCCGAAAAAUGGAUCACUUCUGCCCCUGGGUUGGGGGAGUGGUAUCCGAGAAGUCAUUCAAGUUUUUCAUACAGUUUGUCUUCUAUACUGCGGUAUUUUGCGCGUUUGUUCUGAUAGUGCUGGCUAUAUUUACCGCUGAAUUGCGGCGAGAGACCGGUGAUGUCAAUCCUCAUUGGGCCAUUGGGAUAGGACUGAGCGGAUUCUUUGGCAUAUUUACUUUUGGAAUGACUCUCAGCUCUCUGCAACUCGCUAUGAUGAACCUCACAACAAUCGAGAACCUUAGCCGCCGAUCUGUCGUCUGGACGUUAGCCAUACGAGUACCAAAUCAUGUACUGUCCCGGCUACAACCCGGUUCAAGAUGGGCGCCUACCUUUCGCACAUUAUCUUAUCCUCUACCGCCGGUACCACCGCCACCCCCUCCCAUGCCCUCUCAACCUGGAAUUGGAGAAGGAUACCCUCCUCCGCCGCCACCUCCAACGGUACCACCUCCCCCGGCAGCAGAUGGCGAGCAGCAUGUUUUUGCCGUUCUCCAAACGCUCCCAGGAGAAAACCCAUUCGACCUCGGCAGCCCUUUGAGGAAUCUCCAGCAAAUCUUAGGCCACUCAGUCCUCGACUGGUUCCUCCCCCUCAAACACGCGCCGUGCGGAGACCACAGCAGUCUCGAAAGCGAAUUCGCACUUGGUCCAGUGGUUGCCCGUCUUAAACGAGAAGCAGGACUGGACUCCCCUCUAGAAAGCAACGAGUCCAGCCCAACAGACGCACACUCGAAACGUAAAAGAAGACGAUCGAAACAUCACCGACGAGAAUCAGGCUCCUAGGAUUGCCUCAUUCUUGGCUUAUAGACCCUUUUUUGCAUAUUUAGUGAUUCCUAAUUGUCUUGCUUAUGAGCGUAUCGCAUAGCGGCAGUCGAUCAUUCUUUGCCUUGACCUCUAGGCUACUUUUCAUGUGUCCACGUUGAAGCGACAUCAAUUACUCGUUCUAAUCAGUAUACUAGGAUUGAACUGGAGACAGGAAUAAUAGCGAACUUAUGCUCUUCCCAGGCUCAUGCUUGGAAUUCAUUGCAAGUUGCAUAUUAUCAAAAGAUCAUGUCGCACUCAUCAGCGUACGUAUUAAAUCCAUGAUACAUAGUAUACAACCACUAUCUGGCUCGACCACAUAAGCUCUUGGAAAUCUCAAGCACUCAGCGCGCAGCCCCGAGUCUGGGUGAGUAAGGAGCGACCACGCACCCAAACACCACGCCUGACCUCCCCUCCGCCUCAAAAGGCACGCACGCAUCCCUCCCUCGAUGCGGGUCAGGUGCCACAGCCACAGCCACAGCCAGGGCAUGAGCAAGGGCAUCGGGCUCAGGGCCGAGGUUUGAACCCCCUUACCUGCAAACUUGCUAUCCAAUCUAAACUGGUCCGC